CACACUGCGGCCCGACGCCGGAAGCCUCCCAGGCGCGAAUUCCAAGUCAGUGAAGCAACUACGGUCGCCAUUUUUACUGAGGGCACGUUCGAGCAAUCUAACCAUUAGCCUCACGUUUGAAAGCGCGCCGCGACGGACAGCGGUUUCCCACCGGCGCGAAGCUUUCCUUCUAAUUUCCGGCCGCACUAAGCAUGGCGGCGGGGCCUCCGCUCUGAUUGGUUGAUCGACUUCACCGUAGUCUUGGGCGCUCGCGAGCGCUUUGAGGAGUGCUUGGCUCACCCUGCCGCUGUGCCGGGAGAAUCGGACCCUCACAACGUUUUGGAUUUGCCCUCUUCCUCAUUUUGAAUAUCCGAGGUCGGCGCCAGAAUUGAAACGCGAGGCUGGGUUCUCCCUGUUUCCCGGUUCUGCCGCGGGAACCUUUGGGGAAGCGCGGAAGGAAAGGAAGGGCGUGCGCUUGAUGACCGGCCCCUUCAGUCUCUCCCUGGGCGUGGGGUUCCCUCUUGCGCCGCUGUGAGGACGCGUCCUUGUACAUCUGGCCGCAGCUGUGUUUGUUAGCAGAAGUGGAAACUGAUGCAUGGAGAAGGAGAGAAAGGUCUUUCUUCUACCCACUCCCCAAGGACCCCAAAGACCUUGUAAAUCGAUCCGCUGUCCAGACACGUGUACUUGAAUGUUCAGCGGAGGAGGGCUUAAAUACUGGAGCAGAACGUGGGAACUCCUAGGAUUUUAAGGGAUUCGCGUGUAUUUCCAAAAAUGAUCGUUGACCACCGUCCAGCACCGGCAGUGUGGGAUCCGUGAGCGUCUCGCCCUCCAGCGGCAUCAACAUGUUCUCCAGUUGGUUACCUGGGCUAAAUAGGGGUUUGGCCACACCCACCGGAAGGAUCGCGCAGCUGGUCGGCCGGUCUCUUUCUAGAAGUCUGCAGCUGAGCUCACGAAGGAGCGUUCCAGAACUCAGUAGCUUUGUUGCCCGGACCAACACAUGUGGAGAGUUGCGUUCUUCGCACUUAGGCCAAGAAGUCACCUUGUGUGGAUGGAUUCAGUACCGAAGGCAAAACAUCUUCCUGGUGUUAAGAGAUUUCCAGGGGCUUGUUCAAGUUCUCAUUCCUCAGGAUGAGUCCGCUGCUUCCGUGAAGAAGAUUUUAUGUGACGCCCCCAUGGAAUCUGUGGUGCAAGUGUCUGGGACAGUGGUUUCCCGGCCUCCAGGACAAGAGAACCCAAAAAUGCCAACAGGUGACAUUGAAAUCAAGGUUAAAACAGCUGAACUUCUGAAUCCGUGCAAGAAGCUGCCCUUUGAAAUUAAGGACUUUAUGAAGAAAACAGAAGCUCUUCGUUUGCAAUAUCGCUACUUAGACUUGCGCAGUUUCCAAAUGCAGUAUAACCUGCGGCUGAGGUCCCAGAUGGUCAUGAAAAUGCGGGAAUAUCUCUGUAAUCUACAUGGGUUUGUGGAUGUAGAAACACCAACAUUGUUUAAGAGGACUCCAGGAGGUGCAAAAGAGUUUGUGAUACCGUCCAGGGAACCUGGAAAGUUCUAUUCUCUCCCUCAGAGUCCACAACAGUUUAAGCAGCUUCUGAUGGUUGGUGGUUUAGACAGAUAUUUUCAGGUUGCCAGAUGUUAUCGAGAUGAAGGCUCGAGGCCAGACAGACAGCCUGAGUUUACGCAGAUUGACAUAGAGAUGUCUUUUGUAGACCAGACCGGGAUCCGGAAUCUAAUUGAGGGUUUGCUCCAGUAUUCCUGGCCCAGUGACAAAGGGCCCGUAGGGGUGCCUUUUCCUUCUAUGACUUUUGCUGAGGCUUUGGCCAGCUAUGGAACUGAUAAACCCGACACUCGCUUUGGGAUGAAGAUUGUAGACAUCAGUGAUGUGUUCAGAAACACAGAGGUUGGAUUUCUUCAAGAUGCACUUAGUAAACCCCAAGGAACUGUCAAAGCCAUACGCAUCCCUGAAGGAGCAAAAUACUUAAAAAGGAAAGACAUUGAAUCCAUUAGGAAAUUUGCAGCUGACCAUUUUGAUCAGGAAGUCUUACCUGUGUUCCUGAAAGCCAAUAGGAACUGGAAUUCUCCGGUUGCUAAGCUUGUGAUGGAGGAGCAAGGACUGGGCCUGAUCAGACGAAUGGAGAACCAGGAGGAGGACGUGGUCCUGCUAACGGCCGGAGAGCACAAGAGAGCAUGCUCCUUGCUGGGAAAAUUACGGCUGGAAUGUGCUGACCUUCUAGAAGCAAGAGGAGUGCUGCUCCGUGACCCAGCUCUGUUCUCUUUCCUUUGGGUGGUGGAUUUCCCACUCUUCCUUCCCAAGGAGGAAAACCCCGGGGAGCUGGAGUCAGCCCACCACCCAUUCACGGCUCCCCAUCCCAGUGACAUCCACCUUCUCCACACUGAGCCCGAAAAGGUCCGUAGCCAGCACUAUGACUUGGUUUUAAACGGCAGUGAAGUAGGAGGCGGUUCUAUCCGAAUUCACGAUGCACAGCUCCAGCGCUACAUCCUGGAAACGUUACUGAAGGAAGAUGUGAAAUUGCUCUCCCACCUGCUCCAGGCUUUAGAUUACGGGGCGCCCCCUCAUGGAGGAAUUGCCUUAGGGUUAGACAGACUGAUAUGCCUUGUCACUGGAGCGCCAAGCAUCAGAGAUGUCAUAGCCUUCCCAAAGUCCUUCCGGGGGCAGGACCUCAUGAGCGACGCCCCAGAUUUUAUCCCUCCUGAGGACCUGAAGCCCUAUCAUAUUCAGGUCUCCUGGCCAACAGACGCAGAAACAGAAAAGAACUCAUUGAAUCCUCCGCACCAUCCAGAAAGUUGAGCUUUUGGGUUUCAUCCUCUGCUCCCUCUAGAGUUCUGCCAAAGAUCUGACACGUCUCUAGGUGGAAGGACUCCAGGCAACAUUCUUUACCACAAUGAAGAAACAGACAGUACUCAAUCUGGACCUGAUAACAUGCAUUAUUAGGAUUUUUUGUUUGGGACUUUUUUGAAGUUUCUUUUCACUUGGAGAGGUGUGAAGGAUGGCUCUUUGUUAGAAUAAUGUAAUAGCUAAGCAUCUUCUAAUCAUGUUUUCCCAUACCCAGAGAGUAGGUUGUUCACUUGGGACAGGAGUAAUCAGAUCAUGUGUGAAAUGUGAGAAAAUAUUUGCCCCUUUAGACAAUUGAGUUAAUGGAUGAGUCCGUUUAACCAACGUCAAGAAAAUCCUGUAAAUUAAGCUGGACAAUCAUCAUAAUAUAGUGAAAAGCAACAUAAUAUAAUGCUAAACAUCACUGAAAUGAAACUCACAAAAUCCCAGUCAUUGCUUCACUUUGAGCAAGUUACAUAGGCCUUGCUUAGUCUCCCUCCUGCUGUGUGAAAUGCAAACAGAACUUGUCUGGCUACCUCUCAGGGCUCUUCUCCCAGAAUCAGAGAUCAUGUACGCGGAAGAUAAUGUGAGUGAAAAUGCUUUAGAAAAUUAUAAUGCAUGACACCAAUGUAUGACUGUCCACCCAUCUGUAAACAGAAACAGGUACAGCUGUGGAUUUUAUGAUUUAAGAUUAAACAAAACUGAUUACCUGUAGUAAAAGAAAAACAGUAAGUUUAUUCAAUAUUGAUUAUACUUCUACUUUUUUAAGUAAUCCCUGAAUACCUUUUCCUCAAUUGUACUAAAAACAUUUACCUUAGACCAACCUCAAAUGUGUAAGAAUGAAAAAAAAAGUGUAAGAGUGAACACUGAGGCUCAUUGUGAUUUUCUUAUAUUGUGUGAUUGGGGUCAAAGGGGGACACGUAAUAUUUUCAAUAAUAAAGAUUUAGUUUUUUUAAAAGCUUAUGAUUAAUCAUUAUAAAAAUGGGAACAAGGGAGGCCUGAAUAAAAUUGUUCUUUUUGACAUUA